GCUUCCGGUGAAUUCACAACAUCCAAGAUGUCUGCCGCCAUAGCUUCCCUCGCUUCGUACGGUAGUGACUCCGAUCCAGAAAACGACUCGGAAUCUAAAACGAGUUCAGAGAAAGGUGACCCAACCAAUCCCGAUGCAACGGCUCAUCUUAAACCAUUAAAGGCUGGACCGACGAUGACUUUGGCUGUUCUCAAUUCAGCCCCCGAGGUUGCCGUUAAGGAGUCUGUUGAGACUGGCAUACACCUGGACCCCUUAUUGAAGGAGGUCACUUAUAAUCCCACAUAUGAAACCAUGUUUGCACCAGAGUUUGGGCCGGUUAACCCGUACAAAUCGCAGCAGAUGGCGGCUCCCAGGAACAUGUUGUCUGGCUAUGCCGAACCUGCUCAUCUCAACGACUUCAUGUUUGAACAGCAAAGAAGAACCUUCUCCACCUUUGGUUAUGCUUUGGAUCCUUCUGUUGACACACACCAGGUAACAACUAAUAGCUACAUUGGUGCAGUAGAUGAAGCAGAGAAAAAUAAAGGGUUAACUGUGUUUGAGAGCGGAGCUAAAAAGGCAGAGAAAAGGAAAAAGGUCAAAGGCGGAGAUGCAGAAGAGAUUGACAACUUCCUGGGACCAUGGGCCAAAUAUGCAGACGAGAAAGAUGUGGCCAAACCAUCAGAGGAUGAGCAGAAAGAGCUGGAUGAGAUCACAGCCAAGAGGCAGAAGAAAGGAAAGAACGAGGAGGAGGCUCCUGGAGAGGAGAAGACCAUCCUGCACGUUAAAGACAUGUAUGAUUACCAGGGCAGGUCCUACCUCCACGUCCCACAAGACGUGGGCAUUAACCUGCGUUCUUCUGAAGCUCCAGAUAAAUGUUACCUGCCUAAAAAACAGAUUCACGUCUGGUCUGGACACACCAAGGGUGUCAGUGCCAUACGACUGUUUCCCAAAUCUGCUCAUCUUCUGCUCUCCAGCUCCAUGGACUGCAAGAUCAAGCUGUGGGAGGUAUACAGCGAGAGGAGAUGCAUACGGACAUUCAUCGGCCACAGCAAAGCAGUGCGAGACAUUUGCUUCAACAACACCGGGACGCAGUUCCUCAGCGCUGCCUACGAUCGCUACCUCAAACUGUGGGACACUGAGACAGGCAAGUGUAUCACCCCCUUCACCAACAGGAAGGUGCCGUACUGUGUCAAGUUCAACCCAGACGAGGACAAACAGAACCUAUUUGUGGCCGGCAUGUCUGAUAAGAAGAUUGUUCAGUGGGACAUCAGGACAAGUGAGGUGGUUCAGGAGUACGACCGCCACCUGGGAGCCGUCAACACCAUCACCUUUGUGGAUGAGAACCGUCGCUUUGUCAGCACGUCAGACGACAAGAGUCUGCGAGUUUGGGAGUGGGACAUCCCUGUGGACUUUAAGUACAUCGCUGAGCCCAGUAUGCACUCCAUGCCAGCUGUGACGCUCUCUCCCAACGGUAAAUGGCUAGCGUGCCAGUCCAUGGACAACCAGAUCCUGAUCUUUGGAGCCCAAAACCGCUUCAGACUGAACAAGAAGAAAGUCUUCAAAGGACACAUGGUCGCUGGCUACGCCUGCCAAGUGGAUUUCUCUCCUGACAUGAGCUACGUGGUUUCAGGAGAUGCAGAUGGGAAGCUGAACAUUUGGGAUUGGAAGACCACCAAGCUUUACCACAGGAUCAAGGCUCACGAUAAGGUGUGCAUCAGCGCCCUGUGGCAUCCGCACGAAACCUCCAAGGUCAUCACAUGCGGUUGGGACGGACAAAUCAAACUCUGGGACUAGAUGUUUAUCCUUGAUGUGUUUGUGUCCGUGUGCUGAACUGGUCCACCUAAUACAGACAGAAAGAGACUGGUUGUCUCACUGACUUAGUGAAAAACUUUGAGUGAAAGCCACAGGACUGGUAUCCAGUCUUAUUGUAGCAGUGUAUUUUCAUAUCCCGUUGCAAGAUUUCAUAAUGUGUCCCAUGUGUCAUGUGUACAAAGAUGAACACAAACAUACUUUUAGAAACUGUUUAUAUCCCAGGAGGCAAAUGAGAGGAGUACCUUGGUGUUAUUUUACAUGUUUUUUUUAAUGUUCUGUGUUGUAUGCCUUCGUAGAAACGAUUCAUUUUCAAUUUUAUGACCAUCCCUUUGUGGAAAUAAAAGUUCUGUACAUUUGACCUGUUAGAAAAUGGAGCAUUGUUUCCUUGGAAACGGGUUUCUUCAUCCUUGAAUCAAAACAGAAACAUGAUUAGAAAUCUGACACAAUUUUUUUUUUUCCUGAAGGUUUCCUCUUUUUAUUAAACUGCGUCAAACGAUUUGGCAAAUUA